AUGAAUCAACUAGUUUUAAAUGAUAACAGAUCAUUCGAAAAUAAAUUCAUAAUGAAGGCAUUUGGUAAAAUAACUUUUUGUACAUUAUGUAGAAUAAAUUUCAAUUCAACUGAUAAUGAUGAAAUUCUCCCACAUUUAGAAAGUGAUAACUUUAGUCAAAUGAAAUACAUGUUAAAUACAAUUUUAUUCUUCCUGCAAAUAAUAUCUGCUAUUCUUAUAUUUUUUGGUAAUCUCUUAGUGAUUUUUGCUGUUGUAUCGACUAAAAGAUUGAGACGGGUAACUGAUUUAUAUAUUGCAUCACUUGCUUUAGCUGAUCUCUUAGUUGCUGUUAUGCUGUUACCUUUAUUUGUUGUUCGACAAAAGUUUGGCUACUGGCCUUAUGAAUCCGCCACAUUAUGCAUAUUCUGGCUAUCUUCCAAUGUACUCUUGUGUACAGCAUCAAUACUAAACAUAUGUUGUAUAUCUGUGGAUCGAUACGUUGCCAUUAUUUAUCCGAUGAAAUAUAUUGUGAAACGAACUCGUCGUAUCGCAUUGAACGUGAUUGUAUGUGUGUGGGCUUUGUCAUUACUGAUAAUGAUACCGCCGUUUUUUGGCACUCAACACCAUACGGGUAUAGGAAAAUGUAAUAUAAGAAGUGAUACGAUGUAUAGAUCUUUAAUAGGAAUUUCAACGUUUGUCGUUCCAUUCAUACUAGUUGUUUUCAUUUAUACACAUAUAUUUUAUGUGAUUCGACGCCGUUCGAAAGAAUUUAAUACUAUAAAAUUUUUAAAUGAUUUCACAGAAUAUAGAUAUGGAUCAUUUAAAUUGCUUUUCAGUCCAACGUAUAUUUAUAAUCGUCAGCUUGUGCGUAUUAAAAGGUAUUUCAGUUCAGUUAACUCCAAUUCAGUCGCAUGCACUUCAUGUACAGGACAUGGAAAUGUUGGAGAAAUUCCUGUCAGUCAAUCACACGAUCAAAAUAUCACCAAUUCAUUUAAUAAUAAAAAAAUAGAGCAAGUAAAUUCCGAAACGUCUACACAAUGUACAAACUCUAUUCAAAUGUUCCGAUUGCCAAUGUUCCAUAUCACGAAAAAAUUUAAUAAAAAUAAUUUUUCUACAAAUGCGGUUCAUGGUAGCACAAACAAUACAGAAAGCUGUAAUUCACCAACUAUCGAUACAAAAGAAAUGAACUUCAAUAUGGAUUCAAUACAAUCUGUGGAAAAAUCAGUUGAUGCUUUUGUAAAAGAUCAAUCAGAAAAUCAACAACACAAACAUCAAUGCAAACUUAACAAUUCGAAUAAACGAAAUGUGAAUUCAAAGUUGAAACAUUCUAACACAUACACCAAUGGACCUGAAUAUCUUGUACUCAGGAGAGAACAAAAAUCUGUCAAUACAAUAGCAAUUGUAGUGUGUUGUUUCAUUUUAUGUUGGCUUCCAUUCACUACUUUAUAUUUGAUGGAAGGAAUAUGUGAAUGUUUAUUCUCAGAAAGAAUUUUCAUGGUUACUGGUUGGGCAGCAUACUUAAAUAGUAUGUGUAAUCCAUUUAUAUAUGCAUUUUGUAAUAAGAAGUAUGCAAAAGCAUUCAAGUAUUUGUUACAUAUUAAAAUUAAUACAUAA